AUGCCAGUUAAUCAGAAGAAAACUUCUAUUAUAGCCAAGCGGCAAAGAUCAAUAUUUGAGUUCACACAGACAGGUAACGAUAUAGAUGUUCAAAAUAGUUUUAACCCUUGUGAAGUUAUAGAUCUCACUGAUGAUGCUGAAUCGUUUGGUGUGAAGUUAGAGCAAGAGGAGAUAAAUACUGGAGGCGAAAUUGAAGCGAUGGGAGAAAGAGAAUUAGAUGUUGAUGCAGUAAAUUGUCCGAUGUGCAACCGUAGCUUGGUUGAUUUUUCUAUGGAUAAUCGAAUUCUUCAUAUAGAAGAAUGCUUAUCCUUGGUCACUUUAAAGGAAGAUGUACCAACCAUUACAAGCGAAUCAAGUGAUUUAAAGAAAGAAGAAAUCAACGGAACCAACAAGAGCGACGUAGAUACGGGUAGGAACAAGAGAAAAAAUAGACAUGUGCUACCAUCAGAUAAGGAAAAAGAGAAAUAUUUGAAUAAAAAAGCCAAAAUCGAACAUUCAAAACCUAAAGUGAUAAAACCACCAGCAUCGAUAUCAGCGUCGAGGUCCAAAGCACAGAUUCCCGAUGUAAAGGUGUUAACUUUUCCGGCAUCAGUCAAUUCUAAUUAUCAAAUAGCAGUGGAUGCAUUCAAUUAUUCUCCCCAUGAAUUAAUCAACAAAUAUUUUUUAACACACUUCCAUUCCGAUCACUAUGGCGGAAUCACUAAAAAAUGGUGUUAUGAGAGAGUUUUUAAAGAUGGCGAUGACUUUGAAGAUGAAAGUAAAUACAAAAAGAUUAUUUUUUGUUCCACAAUCACUGCUAAAUUGUUGUCUUUACGGUUCAGAAUUGAUCCAAAAUUUAUUAUGCCGUUAGAAACGAAUAGAAGAUAUUUAAUACAAAGCUUUGAUACUGAUGUUGAAACUGAAGAUGGUUUCAUUCAAACAGAUGAUCUAAUGCUUCCAGGAUUAUUUGUUACUCCUAUUACUGCAAAUCAUUGCCCUGGUUCUGUGAUAUUCUUGUUUGAAUCGUUGUCGAAUAAUGGUCAGAGGCUAAGGGUUUUACAUUGUGGAGACUUCAGAGUUAAUAGAGAAAUUUUGGAUCACCCUAGAUUAUUGACGUUUAAUAUAGCCAAUCAAGGCGAUCUUUGUCUAGAUAAAGUUUAUUUGGAUACUACAUAUAUGUCUCCAUCAUAUAAUUUUCCCAAACAAGAAUUAGUAUGCAAUACUGUUUCUGAUAUGUUCUAUGACUUGAUUUAUUCGCAAGGGGAAACUGAAACUACAGAUUCAUUAUUCACGACUUGGUUUGGAGUAUUGAAACAAUCAAGGAUUACCGAUUUUAUUACCAAACGAGAUAAUCAAUACAAAAAGAAAAAGUUUUUAGUUUUAAUAGGAACCUAUGUUAUUGGAAAGGAAAGGUUAGCUAUAUCAAUUCUGCAAAGGUUAAACAAUUGUCCUAUUUAUGUUCUGACCAUUAACAGUCGAAAUGAUAAAGUAGACUUAGUAAAGUCUUUUGAUGAUAACUAUUUGAAUCAAGUCUUAACAACUGAUGAUUUGGGUGGAUCGGAUUCUGAAUGUAUGGUUCAUUUGGUUCCCAUGAAAAUUGUUAGUUCUCUUGAGGAACUAUCGAAUUAUUUUAAUCACAACAGGUAUUUUGAAAGAUUUGAAAGAUGUGUUGGACUUCGGCCAACUGGUUGGUCAUUUCUGAAUAAAUACGCGUCAACCUAUAAGGAUGAGCAGGAUUCCAAUAUGCAACAUAGCUCUGAUUUAAAUAGGCUUUCGAGUUCUUGUCAGGACCUAGUGAAGAUAAUGAAAACUGAGCCAACGUUUUCAUUCAUUGAGAAUAUAUUACCACAAUCUCCUUUGCUGUCGUUAAUUUCAAAAUCGAAGAAAGUGAAUCAUGAUGAAUCUUUAUACAGAAUUUACACGCUACCUUAUAGUGAACAUUCUUCUUUUCGUGAAUUAUCAUUCUUUGCAAUCUUUUUGAAGAUUAAAGUAAUUAUUCCAACAGUAAAUAUCAGUGAUGAAUCAAGUAUAAUAAAAAUGGAUAGUAUAAUUAAGAGUUGGGAGUUGAUAAGAGAAUACAAAAUGAAUCCAGGUAGCACUCAGGAAUUAGAAUCUAAUGUUGCUCGAGGAAUUCAAGACUUAUGCAUAGAAGAUUUUUGA